AGUUGCCGAUCAUCCUGCAUAUUUAUUAUGAGACUUUUUAAUCGGGAUUAAUUUUAAUAAGAAUAAUUGUAUAAUAAUCUCUCAAUGAAUAUUUAAUGAAGUUUACUAACGGUUUUGAAGCAAUUACUGAAGCGGUUCUUUUAAUCUCGCUCAGUACAUUGUGGAAUGUGCGACGAGGAGCUACUGUGUUACGCAGCUCCGCAUGAUGCCAUCUCAAAAUAAUAUUUUAAACACGAAGAAUUCGUGUCUUAUGCAUUAUCGAGUUAAUAUUUUACCGCUCGAUAUAAGAUAUAAAGCGUUUUAUGUGGACGCUUUGUUCGCCGUAUUAAAUAAAUACAGAUUUAUUAUUUUUACUCGGUAGCAUGUAUACGUGGCAACAGAGCAAAGCUGGGCUCGAGUGCCCAGUCACUUCCUAGUCAAAAGAAUUUCAUCGAUCACAAACAAUAAUAUAUUUAUAUCGUAGAACAAGUGAAAUACAGUGAAAACAUUAACUUCAAUAACAAUGAUUCCAACGUGUACGUUUACUUACUUACGAAAUUUUUAACGAAAGAUCUUGCUAUGCGCAAUUAUUCGCAACAUAACAAGGAGCGUCGGUUUUAUGCGUUACAUGUGCAACCACUGUUAAAGUUGACUUCACCGCUAUAAUUUUUUAAAUACAUCUAUGAAUAAAUACGAUUUUUCACCUUUAUUAACAUUGGGACUAUUUAUUAUCUGCCCGGAUGUAUUAAAGCAAUAUCUCGUAUACUACUGAUACACGUGAACGCAUUUUAAUAUCUAUAUCUAAUUAUAUGUAUAUAUACAACAGUGUGUUGAACAUAUAAAUACUUUGUUGAACUACCUAUAAAAGAAGAUCUUUUGGAAUCUCAUCUCUAACAAAUAUCAACAGGAUUUAUAUGAUAUUUCUAUGAAUGAUAUAAUCACUGAAAGCAAAUGUGGAACGAAUCAUAUUUGGCAUUUAUGUGGUAUUCCUCUUGUUGGAAGAUCAUGUGCAUUAUGAAGAUAACUUGAUAAAAAGUUUAUAAGAGAUAUAAGAGAUAAAAGUAGAUGUUGGAAUAUAUUUGCUAAUGGUGCUUUGGCGCUGUCUUUAUUUUCCUCCUGUCAGCACAAUGGAGGAACCUGCAAAAAAGAAACAACGUCUUGAGAAUAGUAAUGAUGGAAGAGAAUCAUUCACUGAUAUACAAUGUUUUCAGAAUAGUUUAUUAGCUCAGUGUUUAUGCAACAUACCAGAGAGUAGUUUGCGCAAACCAUUUACCACUGCAACAGUGGAGAUGGCAGAUGGUAGUUUUCGUCCUAUAGUAUUAUCCGAAUGGGAACCUGAUCAAACAUUGGAGUUUCUAAGCGCCUUGCAGCUUCUUUUCGACUUGGCCAUCAAACAGAAUACAAGGGGUGUUAUGUGCAGUAGAGUUGCAGAUGUUUGUGAUGCAUUAGCACGAAAUGAACAUGGUAUUAUAGAUCAAAUCAUUGAUCUUUCAAGUACAACCAAUAAGUUUAUAUCGUUUGUCGCAAGCAGAGUUUUGGCUUCAUUUUUUAUUGUAACAAAGGACAAUAUUGAAGUUGCUUGGUUGGAGAGACUUACUCAAUCUUUAGUGAAUACUCACUCUCCCAGUCAAAUGGUAUUCACUUUGGAUAUUGUGAAAAGAGUGGUAGAACAUAAAGAUUGCAGCAUUCAUCCAUUGGAAGAGACAGACAGUUUAGUGCCACCGUCCAGUUGUAAUACUAUAACAAUAUCAGACACAGAAAGUUUUGAUAGUACUUCGAUAAAAGCUAUGUGUGUUAAAGUACUAGAAUCUAAAUGGACUAUAUUAGUAUCCAAAUUUGAUGCAAUUCUUGCCUCAUACACACCACAGCACGAGUCUGCUGUUGUAACAUUUCUAGAUUUAUGGGAAUCAAUAAUUUCUGUAAAAGCUAAUUUAUCGGUUAUCGAUACUAAGCUUUUUUAUUCUCAAUUAGACAAUUUGGUUUUGUUGCUGAAUGCCAAUGUUCCAGGUAUAAUCUGGAGACAUCUUUUAGGAUUGUUUAACGAAGUAUUAUGUUAUGGUAGUACAUUAGCACUACAAGAUGUCUUACCUGAUGAACCUUGCUCUCUAGCACAUUUAAUUGUUCGUGCUGUUAAAGAUUGGAGAUUAUUAGAUUCCUUGCCUUAUCGUCAUGGAUCUGGAAGAUUUGGAGGUGGUUCUGGCGAAGGAGACAGACCGCUUCUUCAGAAAAUUGUGCUCUUAGUUUUAAAAAGUGUUGCAGUGACUGUUAAGGAAACACGCAGUGAUUCUAGUGAUUCUUCUUUAGGCUCAGAGGCAGAAGAUCUUGAUGCUGACAUGGCAGUUAUUGAAAGAAGUAUCAGAGAAGUUUUAAGACAGCUAGAUCAAUGUGUCAAAACAUUAAUGCCUUUUCAUCCAGAAAUGCCAUUAUCACAAUGGGUUGUACAAAUGUUUCAUGAUCAAGAUGACUUCCUGAUAGAAGGCAUGGUCUGUUGCCUUGAUGUAGCAGUUGGUCUUUUUUAUAGAGGACCACCACAAAAUGAUUUAGGUCAUAUGCUUAGUCCAACAUUAACAUUUAUACAAUUCAUACAUGCUGUAUCUCAUGAUCCAGAUGUUUUAUUAGACUUACUUGUUAGUAAUGAAACUUGUUUUUUAUUGUAUUUACUAAGAUUCUUGAAGUAUAUCAGAAGAAAUUGGCCAGAAUUUGUAUCAUGUUGUGGUAGAGAGUUGGAUGAUACCAUGACAAUAUUAAUAAGACUUCGAUUGGCAAUAGACAGAUUAGUGUCUAAAGCUUUGUUUCCCUAUAACAUCAAUCCAGUUCUCCGUUUAUUAGAAAAAUGUGAAUCCUUUUAUGAAGGUAACAUAGAUAAUUAAUCUUCAAACUGGGGAGAAAUUUUUAAUUGGUGAAUAUAGAUAUACGAAAUUUAUUUCAAUUAAAAAUAAUAUGGUACAGAUAGAGAGCAAAAAUUUUGGUAAAAAUAAGAAUUAAUAAAUAUAAUGCUUUCUUAUUAAAUGUGAGAAAGAAAUUCUUUUAAUUUAUUAACUCAUCCUCCCUGGUUAAGAGGUUAAUCGAUGACUGUAUUAUAAUGAUAUAAAAUGUUAAAACUUAAAUAUUAUUAGCUUAAUGUGUACAAAACUGUUAAGAUAUUUGCAGAUUUCUUCGGUAAGAAGUAAUCUGCAGCAUGUAACUUGGGUGCACUUUUGGUAUAAAGACAAAAUGUACUGUUUAUAUGAUAAUAUAAAGUUUUAGAUUUGUAAAAUA